UGUACGGAAGUAGCAUGCAUCCAUUGUGGGUGUAACAGGUGAUAACAGAAAAGCCAUAUCUGGGAUCAUUUCUGCGUUGGUUCAGUUUUUAGAAGAAACCUUAUUUUUGUAUUCCCACGUUGCUACCGAUAACUGUGACAGCUCUACAUCCAGGACAUUUGUUUACAGAUUUAUCUCAACCCCAAACUUCGAAGAUAAAAUGGAGAGGGAAUCCACCGACAAUGCAGGAAUGACCCAGCCGGCUUCGUCUUUGCGGGGAAAUCUGAAUGAAGACACCUGCGUAGCUAAUUCCCACAGCUCCCCGGUAGGGACUUGUAACACAGAUGUCGCCCGAGCCAGGUGGACUCUCCUAAGACAGGUGUUGCGUCGGAAGCAGGUGGACAGUCCAGAGGUCAAGCAAGUGUCUGUUCGUAGGUUUGCCUCGUUUGACCUUUUCAGCAGAAAAAGGCUUGUUGCACCUGACCCCAGUGAUACCUCAGAUGACCAGUGGGUGGAGUACAGAAGUGUCUACUUUCCUGAGUACAGUGCCUUACUCAGGGAUAACCUGGGCCCUCUUAGAGUUAAUGAAGUGCUCAAAAGUUUUGACAACACCGGAAAUGUCUGUGUGUGGCCUUCUGAGGAGGUGAUGGCGCAUUACUGUCUCCAGAAACGUCACAUGUUCAAGGGUGCAGUGUGUGAGUUAGGAGGAGGCAUGACUUGUCUUAGUGGACUCAUGGUUGCCAUUUGUGCUGACGUGAAGGAAGUUCUGCUAUCAGAUGGGAAUGAGAAGUCCAUUCAGAAUGUUCGGAGGCUCGUCGAGAGGAACAGGCAAGCUGGGAGGUUCGGGUCGACACGUGUAUCUUCCAGGGUGGUGAGAUGGGACUGCGAGAAGGACAUUUCAGCGCUAGAGGGUCACUUUGAUAUCGUCAUGUGUGCAGACUGUUUGUUCCUCGACCAGUACCGAGCCAGCCUGGUUGAUGCUAUAAGGAGAUUACUGCAACCCAGCGGUACGGCGUUGGUGUUCGCUCCACUGCGAGGUGAAACCCUUAAUGUGUUUUGUCAACUGGCCCAGCAGGCUGGACUCUCUGUCUCUCAACACCAGCAGUAUGAUGCUCAGGUCUGGGAUGUUCACUUGAAGAUGCUGAGAGAAGGAAAAGAAGCGUACGACGAGAACAUCCACUAUCCUAUCCUCCUCACCUUGACCAAAGGACCUCAACCUGUCAGCCUCACUCAGUAACUUGAAACAAGUGAGCCCUCAGCCGUUCACAGUACCACUCUGCAUUUCCACGCGUUUGAGGGGAGUUGGAAAUAGUCUGACUUAAGUUUUUUAACCAUAUGCCAUUACGCUUAUAGAAAAUACUCGCUCAUCCGGGCGGCAAUUUAAUCAGCUGGCCUGUCAUUACAUAAGCUGUUGACAGCCGGUCACUCAUCACUUUGUGCUAAUCGUCCAUCCAGGAACGACACUGUCAAACAGUCAGACCUGCCAGGUAACCAGUCAGUACUGCCUGGCAUUCAGUGACCUCACCUGGCUCCUAAAUGACCAGUUAUCCAUCCAUUCAUUCAUUCAUUCAUUCAGUCAGACAGGCCAGUUUGUUAUUUAGUCAGUUAUCAUGGACCUUUCCUCCAGUCCUGCUACAGGUGUUCGUUAUUCAGUCAGACAGUAUUAACCUUUGUCACUGUGUUUCUGGCCCCAGCGUGGAGGUCAGCUUUAAUUCAUUAACUGUCACAGGCUGUGGAGCAGCUCGCAGUUUCCUCAGUGUUUCCCCACUUAAUUUCUUUUAAUGCAACUCAUUCAGCCCAGUCAGAGGUCAACAUUAAAAACUUCUUUUGUCCAUUACUUACAACAGUGCAUUAACAUAUUAAGCCGCGUUCAGACUGAGAACCGAUUGUUGCUGCCCAGGAGCUACAGAUUGCAUAGUACAGAGCGAUAUUGCCAUGGGAACAAGUAGUCCCCACUGAAUUGCUCUGCAACUCUGUUGGUUUUAUAAUCUGUUCUGCAGCUAUGUGCUCUGAUCAUACCGCUCCAAAAACCUCAAAUUCCUGCUUUAAUCUUAAUUUGUGACAAAGCUGCAGCUGAUCAAACCCCUCACACAUAUGUGCGACUUGGAUCCACUGUGUCUCCUGUCACGAGUCCUGCAGCUUGUACUGACAGUGCAGGGUAUCAAACUAAACCGGCACUGACAGCUUAAAAGUGACCGAUGCGACUGUCAGCAAUCAGAUCCUGUGGCAGCUGCUAAACGCUGCUAAAAGCUCCUAGUCUGAACAUUCAGGAAGUGUGUGUGUGUUUAAAGGGAGAAGCAAUACAUGCACAUUGUAACUGUAAGUUGAACUGACUCACACAGUGCGAUUUGCAUUUAUUGAUAAGCGACCCCAAUACUGUGGAAUGACCUUUUUUGUAAACCUAACGUCCACUGGGUGCAGACCGUCUACUGCAGUUCUAGCCUGUGUGUGAAUGUCCACCACGCUGCGUCUCAGAGUUCACGCCAGCCGGAUCUAUUUUUGCUGUUGCUGCUCAGUAUUUAAAGCUACACUGAAGAAUCCUUUAUAUUAAACAGUGUGUUCAUGUAUUGAUUAAUUUAGCCUUACUUUUUGCUGUAUAUAAGUUUUCUUUGUUUGUUUUUUUGUCACCUCCCUGAGGUGUGAAGGAUUUUGUGUUCCUGCUAAUUUGCAAAAUAGAGGAAGUCGACAAAAAUGCCAAGUCAAAUGAGUGAAAUACGGCCAGGAAGUAUUUAUACCACACUGAUCUUAAAUGGGAUGCAAUUUUGUUUUCUGCAUGCAUGGCAAACAUAAAAAAAAAGAAUCUUGUGUUUCCAAACUAAAUCGGAAAGAGGAACAUGCUGCAGUCACAUCCAGCAGACAUCCCAAGUAAGAACAGGAUUUUAUAGAUACAUUCAGUGCAAACGUUCUCGAACGUCCCUCAGCUUCCUAAUACCUUCAAGAGCAAACAUACCUAGACGUAUCAGACCAACCGCUUCCGCGUCUUCUUCUGGCACAUUUUUUUCUUCUUUCAAACUAACCUCUCUUACUCAGGUCUUUUCUUGUGCAUUCACCUGUUUCCUUUUCCCUGUGGUGUUACGAAAGCGGCAAGUGGUCCGCGGCACAAAGGUGUUUCCAUAUUUCACUGUGAUCCAUUGCUGUACACAGCCAAGACGCUAUGCAGAAUCUAAAAGUGGCUGUUGUUUACAUUCCUCAUAUUACAAAAAAAAAAAAAAAAAAAAGAAUAAAAAAAAAAAUCCAAUACAAGUACUUCGGUUUAAAGAAAAUCAAGCCAGUUUUAUCAGUGGACUCAGCUUUGAGGAUUUAAAUUGCAUUGUUGCCACUGCAAACAUUUAGAAGGGUGUUUUAUUACAUGUUUAUUUGGAAUGUGGUUUUCUGUACACAGUUAAUAUACGUGGGCUAACAUAUAAAUAUCCUCCGAAAUCCGACUUUAUCACUGUCCUGUGUGGCGUCACAGACAUGUACAGUAUCUGGCUUCACUGUUUUCUACUUAGUUGCUGCUUCCUGCAACAUUGCAGCCUCCGUCUGCUGUGAUGUCCCAUUUUUACACAGUGAGGCCUUCACUAGUGUCAUUAUGAUAUGACCAUGUCUCACUGUGACAUAAGGCAGUCAAGAAGCCACUGACGGUCAGUGUUACUCAGACAGUCGUGUGGUCUUUAUCUGGAUUUGCUGACUUAUGUUGGAGAAAUGAAAGGAGAAAUCAAGGUUGGCCUCAAAGACACAGGAGGAGAGCCUGUGUUGCGGUCAAGCGGAUGUCUCAACUACCACUGUGUUAUCGUUUUGAUUAUUAAACUAAAUUCUUAAAAAAAGAAAAAAUAAUAAUAAUUUACGGGCCAUGUUAACACUAAUUUGGAUCAGUUUCAGUGUUCUCUGUCGGCCUUCAAAGGAGAAAAUGCUGAAUUCUGCAAUUUUCAAUGAAAAAGGGAAUUUGAUUCCCUGCAUUUUCUUUGUGCAGGGACAUCAAGCCUUAUCAAAAAACCUAAAAAAAAAACUAUUAUGUGGUCUGGUGUAAAACCGUUGGCUCAAGUGCCCCAUUCAUGGUGUUGUAGAGUACCUUUAACACAACAUAAGACACACAAAACUGUAGGUACCUUAGAGAAAUAUUUCAAAUUACCCACUUUAGUGUGGACAUGGCCUCAUUUUGUGAGAUUUUCCAUUCAGUGUGUUACUGUGCUUUACUGUAUUGUACUGAAAGUGGAUUGAAUGUACUUUUUAGUCUACGAGUGUAUGUUUUUUGGAGUGGAACGAAUAAAAAUAAAGACGUUUUCUUGAA